AUGGCUCGCCGACAACCAAAGACAGUCGACCCAUUAUCCGACAACAGCGACUCUUCCGAAAGAGAGCACACCGAAGAUGGUCAAUAUGAUACGGACCUGACAGAGCCUGAAGACAAGGGCUCACAAGACAGAGAUGUCAGCAAUGCGGCACUUCUCUUUGCGGAUAAUGAGCAUCCACCGGAGUACUAUAUCCAGCAACUUGCAAACUUCGAUGAGACGGACUACACAACGGAGGACUAUGGAAAGGAUACGACUGCCCUACUCAAUCGGGUGAUUCGACAGCUGGCCAAGAAACACAAACUGUCCACCAAGGGGCGCGACAAGCCUCUGAUGGAUGUCGAGGACUUGGCCAAAGUUGUAGAGACCAUGGUUAGCUUGCUACGUGACCCUCAAGGCGGGCCUUAUUGUAUUAUUAUUGAGUUUACUUUUGAGUUCACCAAAGAAUGGCUCGGUGUGAAGGAUGUUAAUAUAUACAUUCUAUCUGAGAUUAUCUUUGAUCCUUCUCUCGUUCUCAGCCCUUAUGUUUUCUUACUGGGCUUGAUCUUUGCGGACCGUGUCUUUGACUGUGUUGAAGGGAUCUCUAUAUCCCCUGAUAAGCCGCUUUCCUACGUGAUGAUUGAACCUUGGGUUAAGAAGAUAGGGGUGAUUAUCGGCUUUCUGCAAGUCACGCGCCUGUAUAGCUUGAGAUAUGGUGCCGGGACAGUAUUAGAUAGCAGCGGAUCUGUAAGUGAUUCACUGCGUAACCUUAUUAUGCAUUAUGCUGACAUCUGCACCUUUUUGUGCUAUUAUCUCAGUAGAAGGAUUAAUAAAAACCUUCCUGCCAUCAUUCGCGGUCUUAAUCCUGAAGACGAUAUCAUGCGUGCUGCAUGCUGGAUGAGCCGGUCUAUUGAUCCGAACCGCCUUCAGGAAUUGAUUACUGUACAAUCAUCCUCUGUUAAUCAAGAUCCUGAAAUCGCUGACCUGAUUUGCUGAUGUGACAAGCUUAGUCGCUAAAUGGGGCGCCCAUUGUCCAAUCAUUAUGGGACAGAGUAAUAUGCAAUGUAUAAGAAGCUGAACUAAGAGAUCGCGGGU